AUGGCCCUGCCCCUACCUCCAGACCCUAGAUCCCAACAAGAGCCUCUCAGCUACCCCCAUGGAGCCCCUAGGGAACUGGAUAUUGUCAGGUGCACCAUCAACUCUUCAUCUGAAGAGGAAACCCACAGGCCAGAGCAGGCCCAGGAACUGAGGCCGGACUCCUUGGACCCUCUUGAGCACUUCUGUGGUGGGCCAAGACGUACAGAACCUGUGACCAGCACCCCCCGACUGCCAGCACCCUCUUCCCACCAAGACCUAGCCAGGGGCAGACACUGCGAGCACCUCAUCUUUAGCCGAGAGGCACUGGAGGUUGAGCAGGACCUCUGCUUGUUUGGGCUGGGCCUUCAGCUGCUGGACCUGGAUCGGAGCCUGGGGCCCUGGGAAUUGGCCCAGAGUGGACUGGUUCCAGUGCAGGCCCUACAGGCAGACCUCCGCAGAGCAGCCCAGUGUGUGGACACACUACUGGCAUUCAGUGAGGUGCUGGCCCAGCGGGGUGAGCUUCAGGCCCCGGCACCCCUGGAGCAGGUCCUGAGGGUCCUUAGAACCCACCGAGACAGCAUCAUGCGGUGGCUGUGGCAGUUGCAGGCCAAGCUGGUCAGCUAUCGCCUGGUGUUUGAGGAGGUCAACAAGCUGGACCAGGACUUGGAGGCUGAAGGGGACUCAGAUGGGCCAGGACAUGGUGGAGUUUGGGGACCCUGGACACCCAGUGGCCUCUCUACUCCUAUAGAGCUAGAGUGGGACCCCGCAGGAGAUGUGGGGGAACUUGGGCCCUUGGGCCGAAAGGCAGCUAAAGCACCAGGGACCCCUUGUGAGCUGUGUGGCCACAAGGGCCCCUGGGGCACAGGACAAGACUUCGAGGACAUGCUCAUGUUGGGACGCAGUCACCGGAAACACUUAGCAGGCUACAGAAGAUGUUCCCGGAUCCCGAAGCCUCAGGACAUGAAGAGGCAAGCAUCCGCUAGUCCCCAGGAUGUCAUGCUGGAGGUGGAUCCGAGAUGGUCUUUGACCUUCCUUCUCCUUCUCCUCUUUCUCCUGAUGGCUGCCACACUGCUCUUGCCCACUUCAGGGGGACUGUGCUGCACUCAGAGUCAACUGGCCAGGUCACCCUAUUUGGUGCUAAACUACAUCAAUGGUCCCCCACCAACCUAA